AUGCCUCGACAAACCCACCCCUACACCUUCGACCUGGGCCUGCUGCUCGCCAACGACCCGAACCCGAUCUCUGUCCCACGAACGCACGACACGGCCACGCUGGAAGCGCACCUCACCGCGGUCGCGCGUGACGGCGCACAGGUGCUAAUCAACCAGCUCCUGACGACCUGCCCGAUCUCGUCGACGCCACAGGGCGUGCUCCUGGGCUUACCGCCCCAACAAACCCCGCUGCCGCGCGAGAAGCCCGUGCCGACGCCCAAGCCCGAGACCAAGUGGGAGGCGUUCGCCAAGCGGCGCGGCAUCAAGCCCAAGACGCGCGAGCAGCGGCGCAACCUGCAGUACAACGAGGCCACGGGCGAGUUCGAGCGGCGGUGGGGGUACAAGGGCGCCAACAAGGGCGGGCUCCAGGACGAGCCGAUCAUCGAGGUGAAUGUGAAGAAGGAGGCCGAGCGCAGGGAAGGGACGAGCGUGCGGGGCGACAAGAGGCGGGAGAUCCGGGAGAAGGUGAAGCGGAAUGAGCGGAGGAUGAGGAAGAAUCUGAGGAAUGCGGAGGGGAGGAAGUGA